AAAUCAACACGCUGCAUCUUGUCAACUGGAUUAUGCCAAGCGGUAUGCGAGUUGAAUAUCGACAAGGAAGUGCUUGCGAGUGGGCUUUGAACUCGAUCAGACAAGAGUUGAUCUCUUGAAGAGUGCAGUUACUUUAGUAACAAGUCAGCACCAGGAUUGGUCUCCUUCUCGCCGGGAUAUUACGUCCGGGGCUUGCACAACUUACUAACGCCUUAUCAACCAGCACCCACGGAAUCAUGGCGACUGUAUCGAAUCCGGAUUGGGAUAGCUUACUCAAUGGUUCUGCCGAUGGGCAAUCUGUGAAUGGGAAUCUAGGACAUGGUGAUCUUUUGGCAACGUUGCUUGGAGAAGCUGACCAACUUCAGGGAUGCAGCCUUGGAGUCAGUGGUAACGAAGGUGGUGCAGACCACCAGGCAACGCACAAUGGAUUGUUGCUAUCGCAGGCCGAGGAGCUGGACAUCCUGGCACUGCUUGGCUCGGGAGAUUUACCGGACAUGACUGCUCGACUGCCGUCUCCUGCUCAGCCCGACAUUGCCAAUAGUCCUCAGUCAGUGGGCAGCACUACGGCGUACAGCACUUCCACUGCUGCCAGUCCUUUGAGCAGUGUUGGAUCAGGCAGCGGCCGGGAUGCGGACAUCUCCUCUGCAUCGUCACCUGAGUCGGUUGCCUCCUCUAUGCAGCAUAACCCUAGCAAUCAAGUUCACCAGCACUGCUAUUCUGCGGACAUCUCAACCGGCGCUGCUUCAAACAUGGUGCCAAUGUCACUAGAGGGCUUACUUGCUGGCACCGACCUACCGUCAAUGGGUCCCGGUUUGAUCACCGAAGAGCAGUUGACAAGUUUACAUGCAUCGUUUGAACUGCCGCGGCCCGUCACCGCCAGAGGAACGAAGUCGUUGGGCCAGACAUCACUGGCCGGUGUGGACUUCAGUGCUUUCUCUACCACCAUGACAAGUAGUAGUUCAGCAAUCACUACAGAUGUGGGACGAUCACCGGCGCAAGAUGUUUCCAUAGACCUGUCAUUCUCUGCAGACCCGACAUUCUCCAGUACAUUCAGCGAUGACCUUGCGGGAGCACCGGAAAGUCAGGGUAUUACUUCUGCGGACGGCAGGGAACGACUUGUCCUUAGUUCUGAAGAGAAGCGACUCCUGGCCGCCGAGAAUUUUGAGCUACCACAAUACCUACCCCUGACCAAGCAAGAAGAAAAGAACUUGAAGCGAGUGAGGCGGAAGAUCAAGAAUAAGAUUUCCGCCCUGGACAGUCGAAAGCGCAAGAAGGAGUACGUCGACGGCUUGGAGACCAGAGUUGAAUCAACAACUGGCGAGAAUCGCCGGCUGCAGAGUCGAGUGCGCCUUCUGGAAGACACCAACAAGAAUCUAAUGGUCCACCUGAAGAAGCUGCAGGAUCUAGUCGUGGCAAUCUAUCCGACUGCCAAGCCAAUGCAUACCGGUGUUGCUGUGUUUGUGUUGUCAUUCGCCCUGUUUCUCAUGCCGGGCUACUUGCCAAGUGCUGCUCCAACAGCUAUGGAAGUCAGCAUGGCAUACGUUGGCGGAAAAGUGCGUACUAGAGUGCUCUUGGCACCCGAGGUCUCUCUCGGACACAUGACACAGGAGCAAGCACAGCCGCCCACAGAUGAGCCGCCGGAACAGUUGUCCAGGCACUCAAAAGGCGAUGAUCAGGUGGAUAAAGAUAAGGAUUCUGAUACUCGGAAAGAAGUUCCCAAUGCUGCGCGCAAAGAAGACCCCGACGUACAUGCAGACGACAAGAAGAAGUUAGAUCCUCCAGCAGAAUCAGAGGCUGAUGGCACGCCACCUGAUGGGUUGCUUCACGAGCAACAGCUAGAUGAGAGUGACUGGGCUAUACCGCUACCUUUGCAUCAAGUGCGCGACGAAAUAUAGUGGACUGCAGCUUUAAAAGGUGCUUCAUACGCAUAGUGAGCGCUCCCUCGUCUCCCAUAAAACACAAGGAAAGAUGUUCCACUUUCCAUUACGUUGAGCGAAUUAUUCUUCGUGGUUUGGAGCAAGAUUUAUUUACCCACCGUGCUCUUUAUUUUGUACACGUUCAUGCGCACCUUGAGAAACGUUCAUGUACAUGUAAAGAAUAGCUGUUGACGAUUCUAGAUCUGUACUUUCACUGUUGAUUUGAUUGCUGACUGGAUUGAAAGAUGUUGGUAUCUUAGAUAUUAUGCGAUUGUUUCCGAGUAAGCAUAGCAACCCAACUAACGCUCCUUUUACGUAGUUUUUAUAAUGUCAGCACUCUCUGCUGGUCCAAGUAUGUUGGCUUGCAUGACUUCUACGUUUUUUUGCUCUCUCCUAUGCUUUGGCUAUAUUUGAGUUUACCUGUACAUGUGCAGGCUCUUCUGCGAUUUUUUUCGUAUCUCUCUUUCACUGACUCUAAUUCGUUGGGAUUGCGGUGGUCUGCCCAUCUUUUCCUACUUGAUUUUCUGUUGGCUUUUAAUUUCAGGCAUUCAACCGUUCAAAGCGAAUACAUUUCUGCAACAGAA